CAACUUGUUUUCUUUUCUUUUAUUGCUGAUGCAUGAAGCACCCUGCUGCAAAGCAUAAACAGGCAGACAUUUGUAUAAAAUACAGAGGGAUGUUUUUUGUCAGGUCACGUUACAGCAGAUACGUUCUCGGCCGGUCAGGAAGUUACAGGGCAUUCGUUUAAUUUCUGAGGGAAACAAUGCUUGGAUAGAAUUUAGGGGGUUGUGUUUUGUUUUAAUUAAUGAAUUGAUUUAUUUAUUUAUUUUCUCCCUGAUUGAUCAACUCUGGUCCACUCUCCAGCAUGAUAGGUGAGUGUUGACAACCUUUGAGUUGGUUGCCACCCGCCAUUUAAAAGACAAGAAGAAGAAGAAGAAGAAGAAGAAGAAGAAGAAGAAGAAGAAGAAGAAGAAGAAGAAGAAGAAGAAGAAAAAAAAGAAGAAGACAAAAAGAAAAAAGUAGAAGAAGUAGUAGUAGUAGUAAUAGUAGUAGUAGUAGUAGUAGUAGUAGUGCUAGUACCGCUGCUGCCACUAGGUGGCGGUAACGCAUAAUUCUUCGCCAGCCGCAAAUAAAAGUAAGAAGAAGAAGAACACGUGUCUGAAGGAGGCGCGUGGUGGUCGGCUAACAGUCACAGUCAGGAGGUAUUAACGUAGAAUUGAACAUUAGACUUAAAUAGAAAUGACUAAAGUAAAGAAGGAGAAGGCAUCGGCGGAGGUCGAGGAGGUUGCAGCCCCUGUUGGGAACGAGAAGUCGUACCAGGAGCUGAUCGCCAACGUCAACCCGAUCGCUCAGCCGCUGGCCCCCAGAAAACUCAGCAAGAAGCUUUAUAAAUGCGUCAAGAAGGCUGCGAAAGUGAAAAACAUCCGAAGAGGAGUGAAGGAGGUUCAGAAGUUCCUCAACAAAGGAGAGAAGGGUAUCUUGGUGUUGGCAGGCGACACGCUGCCCAUCGACGUCUAUUGUCACCUACCGAUCAUGUGUGAGGACAGAGACCUGCCGUACGUCUACAUCCCAUCAAAAGUGGAUCUGGGUUCAUCUGCGGGGUCUAAGAGGCCGACGUGCGUGAUCCUCAUCAAGCCCCAUGAGGAGUACCAGGAAGCCUACGACGAGUGUCUGGAGGAGGUGUCCAGCCUCCCCAGGCCUCUCUGAGUUAGAGCCACCACUGGGUCCUGGCCUGCGUGUAAAUAAAGGAGCAGUCCAGCGCUGCUAAAACCACAGCGUUUCUGCAUUACAGUCUCCACAUCCAUCCAUAUGGAUCUGUUUGUUUAUUGGACUGUGGCCUGCUGCUGAAGUGCAUUUGUUCACUAAACUCUGGUUAGUGAUGCUGCAUUUAAUGACGUGGAUUUAGCUCAGGGGUGGGCAAACUUGGUCCUUGAGGGCUGCUGUCCCGCUGAUUUUUCAACUCUCCCUGCCCCAGUUAAUGCUGAUUACCUCCAUCAGGUGUGUUCAGUCAAUCAGCUGCUGAAAAAGCCAACUGACACACGUGAUGGAGCUCAUCAGCAGGGACACCGGCCCUCGAGGCCAGGAUUGCCCACCCCUGAUUUAGCUUCACCAAGAGGAAGCUUGUAAAGGUUAGGUCAAAGUAACCAGCAUCGCUGUAGGAUUAAAUGUGGCGUCAACCCAUCAGUGACUGAGAGCAGUUAGUUGAACUAAGACUUGGACAAAAGUCUCGACCAAAGUUCAUUUGUUUUUGUUUUUUGUUUUCACAUUAAUCUGAUUUAUGUUCAAAGUGACCAACAAACCUAAAUAAAGUGCGUGUAAUGACCUGUUAUAAA